UGUUAGGUUAUUCAUCCUCCUGUCCAGUUAGUGGCGCUAGUGUACUUGAAAUGAGUUUGCAAACCGCCAAUAAAAAUAAAAAAAUCAAAGGAAGAAGACGAAGAAAGCCGAGGUUGUAAAGUGCGUCACAAGCGAUUUGAUGUAAAGACCUGCUGCUCCGUCCUCAGACCAGAGACCCCCAACUCUGAAGCAGACGGCAUCAUGGUGAAGAUCGCCUUUAACUCUGCUCUGGCGCAGAAAGGCAAAGAGCUGCCAACUGCGGUGAAGGAUCCUGAGGUGGCCUCGGCCCCCGUGGGCUCUGAAGGCUCCACAGGUCGCUGUCUGCUCACCCUGCUCGGUGUCGCCUUCAUCCUUAGUGGGCUCAUCGUGGGGGGAGCGUGUCUCUACCGAUAUUUCACUCCAAAGAGGCUUUAUCACGGAGCAAUGCAGUUCACGGAUGUGUCCAGCGGAGCUGAGAGCCAGCCAUACUACCUGCCCCAAGUGGAGGAAGAGGUGGAGAUCUCUGACAACAUGGCCGUCAUCAGCGUCCCCCCUCCUCGCUUCAGACCUGGAGACCCUGCAUACAUCCUCCAUGACUUCCACAGGAAGCUGACGGCGUAUUUGGACCUGAAUCUGAGGACCUGCUUUGUGAUUCCUCUGAACACGUCAGUGGUGCUGCCCCCUCAGGACCUCAUGGACCUCUUCUCACAGCUGAUGUCCGACUCAUACCGCAGCUACCUGGUGCAUGAGGACCUGGUGGUCACUGAACGUAUUGAUGAUGUCAAGCCUCUGGGUUUCUACAUCCGUCGGCUGUGUGACGGUAAAGACACAUACAGAAUGGAACGUCGUGCCAACCUGCCAGGUGGAAACAUCCAGAAGCGAUCUGUGGACAGCUGCUUUACCAUCCAUCACUUUGAGAACAAGUUUGUGACGGAGACCCGUAUCUGCAAGGCUUGAUGGGGAGUCAUCGUAGGUCAGAAGGAACCAGAUUGAUCCGGACUGACGGAGCAAGUUGGACGAUGAAAACAUGAGCACAAUGGUUUUAAGUACAGUUAGUUUUGUAUAAAAUCAAGUUGUUUUUUUAGUUAGUGUUUAGUACAUUUUAGGUUUCAGUGUUCUAGAAUAAAUCCCUCAACCUGUACAGGUUGUAGUAUUAACUAGUUGUUUAGUGUUAACUUAAAGCGCUCUAAUGCAUACCUGCCAACAUUUCUGAUGGUCAUGAGAGACACCUAACUGUAUUUGAUGAUGUGGGAACAUUGGGAUGUGAAGCAGUCAUGGCGGGGUCUGCUCCCCGCAAAUAUUUUUACAUUUCCAUUCCAACUGCAUUUUCCUGCCAUUAGAAGAACAUUUUAUUAACAUCCUAGGAUUAAACAAAAGAUUUAAAACAGGUAAAACUACUUAUUGAACGCUGGAACAAUGAACACUAACUGGCCUUUAAGCUGAACUUUGUCUGAGAUCAGACUAAAAAAAUGCUUUGGCAUAAUUUUUUAUUGUAUUGGUGAGGGGGGGGGGGGUGUCACACACUAAGCACCAUGGGCUUGUUUUGACUGCUUAAUAUGGUAGAAACGUCCUCUGCACCAUCUAACGUUAGAAAUUAUCCAGGUGAGUAUAAAGAACAAGAACACAUAAAAAGAACAAGAACACACAAAAAGAACAAGAACACACAAAAAGAACAAGCUUCCUACAAACCAUGAGUCCACUAUCUGUUUAGAAAUAAUGUUCACGGCAACUAAACAUUCAGUUAAUUUACUUUCACUGGAACUUUAACACAUGUAAAUCACCACCACACGCCAUAUUUAAUAAAAACUUUCAUCUUAAUAAAUUAUUAAACGUAGCUGAACUUUAACAACAAACUGUAAAUCUUUUAUUCUGAGUGUGUUGUCGGGCACAUUUUUUAUUUAUUUUCAUUUGUAGCUUUUGACUAUUCAGAAUCAUUUCAGCAGUUUCUGAAAGCUGCACAUUAAAUCUAGACAUUAGAGAAACCUGCUCGUGCUGCUGCAGGACGCCCGUGAGACAACACCUCUGUCCCUUGUCCCACAGACGUGGCAUGGACGGGUGAGUCCAGCCAUCACUUGUCAAAUGCUGGACAGCCAAAUGUCCUGCAUUUGACAAGUGCUUGACAUUUGGAUGUCCCACUCCUCCCAGUGUGAGAUUCAGGCCAGCGGGGUCAAAGUCUGGAACUGUCCCACCCAAACAGGGGUGUUUGGCAGGUAUGUUAAUAGUUCUGUUUGUUUAGUUGCAUCUUCCUGCAGACCCAUGUGACCUGUUGUUAGGACAUUCCUUCACAUUCACACCAGUUGUUGAUUUAUUAAAUAUUCUAGUUCUGCUGAGAAGCCUAAUGUCGCCACAGCAGCUUUGAUGAGAUAUUUUGUCUUUUGUGGCUCUAAUAAAGGGAUAGUUCAGAUUUUUUGGAGGUGGCAUACCGUGGAAGAAUUAUGAAUAAUGAAUAUAUUACCUGUUGUAGAUAGCUUUUUGAACAACCCAGUUUAAAUAAAUACUGUAGUUUGAUUCUGAGAAUAUUUUUUAAUCAAAUGUGUAGAAUUUUACACGUUUGUCCAACCGGUUCACUUUUGGAUGACUGAAGUUGAACCAAGCUUAUCGAGAUUCCCUUAACAAAAAGUAGUACAUUUGAAGU